UUCAGCUUCAGAGAGUGUGAGCUCCACUGAACUGCGGGGAUGAACAUGCCAUUGCACCAGAUCUCUGUCAUCCCUCGUGAUGUCACUUCCUCCUGGGUGUCCAGCAGCGGGAAGGCAAAGGAAAAGGAUAAACAGAAUGAGAAACCGCUUGGUCAUUCUGCAAGCAGGUCCAGCAACAUUUCAAAGGCUGGAAGUCCGACCUCUGUGAACGCACCCUGCAGUUUCCACAGGACUUCAGUGACACCCUCGAACCAGGAUAUAUGCAGUUCUAAUGACCUCGCUCAGGACCUGGGCUCACAAAGGCCCUUACAGGCCACUGUAGUGCUGUUGAACUCUAAUGGUAAAAGUUCAGUGUCUCAGGGUGUCACCAUGACCACGCUCUGCCUGGACUCCCCCACCAAACCCAAAAAUAGGACCUUGUUUGGCACAGAAUGGCUCUCCCUACUCAAACCGUCAGUCAAAUUGAAACCAGACGGAGGCAGUCUCAAGUUCUCAAAGUCACUGAAUGACGUGGGAGAAAAGAUGGACAGCCUAUGCAACGGUCUUCACUUUAUAGACCGCACGUGUUCGGAUGGGGAGCUGGGAGCGGAGAAGGAAGAACUCCUGCAAGACGGCCACAUCAAAGCCCUCAAUGUUAAAGCCAACUCUCAUCCUCCGUUUGCUUUCCAGCCUCCAUCCUUCCUUAACAACUAUAAAUACAUCUCUAACCCAGGGCCUGAGCACUGCCUGGCUCCCCCUGCUCCUCCCCAGUCAGACCUUCAAAGAAGCUCCAACUUCCUGCGCCUCAUCUUCCCGUUCACCCGUUCGUCCACUGCAGGAAGUCUGCAGGCAUCUGAAAUGGGAAGCUACGCUUCAAGGCUCCACAUCGCCAAGUCAUCCAGCACCAUGCUGGACGUCAGUGAGUCUUGCUGUAUGGAGGAGAUGGGAGAUGACGAGGUGUUCGAGGAGGUCUCGUCCCGCUGGAAGCUGAAGGGCUUGCGGGCUCCUCUUUGCUCCCUUGAGGAGGACAGCGACCUGGAUCAAUGCCGCUCUCCACUGUCAGAGAAAAACGUGCCACUGUCACCCUUCUCCCUAUCGGGGGACUGCUGCAGGAUUUGUCACUGUGAGGGGGAUGAUGAGAGUCUGCUGAUAACACCCUGUCACUGCACUGGGAGUUUGCGGUUUGUCCAUCAGGCCUGCCUGCAGCAGUGGAUCAAGAGUUCAGACACACGCUGCUGCGAGCUCUGCAAGUACGACUUCAUCAUGGAGACCAAGCUCAAGCCACUUCGUAAGUGGGAGAAGCUUCAGAUGACCGCCAGCGAGAGGAGGAAGAUCAUGUGCUCGGUCACUUUUCACGUCAUCGCCAUCACAUGUGUCGUCUGGUCCCUCUACGUCCUCAUUGACCGCACAGCAGAGGAGAUCAAACAAGCGGGGAGAAUACCAGGGAUACUGGAAUGGCCUUUUUGGACCAAACUGGUGGUGGUGGCCAUAGGCUUCACUGGCGGACUGGUGUUCAUGUACGUGCAAUGCAAGGUCUACAUGCAGUUGUGGAGGAGACUCAAGGCCUACAACAGAGUAAUAUAUGUGCAGAACCGCCCAGAGACCUGUAAAAAGAACGUUUUUGAUAAGCCUUCACUUCUGGAGCCAAACUUGGAUUAUGUAUUUUAA